AUGCAACGCGCAGAGAGGGGUAAACUCACACUCUCUCAGGUUAGUUACACACACACACACACACACACACAGGUAGCUUACACAGACAAAUAACGUCAAGUUCAAACCACUAACAUGGUCAGAACUCAGUUACCAAGCUGUUAACUCCAAAAGUUCAAGAUCUUGAUAAUUGUUUCCUCAAUGACCCCUAGAACUGGUACAAACAUAAAUAAUAUAGCCUAUAUUAUAAUCCACGGAAAUGUACCUUCUAUUGAAAUGUGCCUUCUAUUGAAAUGUGCCUUCUAUAGAGGUCCUGGAUGGCUUCCUGCCAUCCAGGACCUCUAUACCAGGCGGUGUCAGAGGAAGGCCCUCAAAAUUGUCAAAGACUCCAGCCACCCUGGUUAUAGACUGUUCUCUCUGCUACCGCACGGCAAGCGGUACCGGAGUGCCAAGUCUAGGUCCAAAAGACUUCUCAACAGCUUCUACCCCCAAGCCAUAAGACUCCUGAACAGCUAAUCAUGGCUACCCAGACUAUUUACACUGCCCCCCCCACCCCAUCUUUUUAUGCUGCUGCUACUCUGUUAAUUAUUUAUGCAUAGUCACUUUAACUCUACCCACAUGUACAUAUUACUUCAACUACCUCAACUAGCCGGUGCACCCCGGCACAUUGACUCUGCACCGGUACCCCCCUGUAUAUAUAUAGCCUCCCUACUGUUAUUUUAUUUUACUUCUGCUCUUUUUUUCUCAACACUUUUUUGUUGUUGUUUUAUUUUACUUAUUAAAAAUAAAUGCACUGUUGGUUAAGGGCUGUAAGUAAGCAUUUCACUGUAAUGUCUGCACCUGUUGUAUUCGGCGCAUGUGGCCAAUAAAAUUUGAUUUGAUUUGAAAUGUUCUUUCCAUGGAAAUUAUCGCAUCACCUUGUAUGACAAGUGACAAGUGAUGUCAAGUCAGAUUGUGUGUGUGUGUGUGUGUGUGUGUGUGUGUGUGUGUAGAUGAUCCCAGAGCUUGAUGCAGAGUGUGUGAGUGCAGCGUCCGACCAGAAGGUCAGUCUUCCUGCUGGGUUCUCUGUUAAGAGCCUGUUGGAGGAAGUCAGAGACUCGGCCACGAUCAACACACACAUUCUGCAGACCGUAGCAACGCUCCGCAGACAAGGUAACACACACACACACACAAACACACACACACAUCUGAAACACCGCAGACAAGGUAACACACACACACACAAACAAACACACACAUCUGAAACACAGAGUCCACCCUUGUACAUUCUAAGGUCACAUUCCAUAUCGUGCCUCCUUGUGUUUCCUGUCAGGGUUAUUGACAGGUGUGUUGGCCAACCAGUGGGUGGAUGACGGUGGGUGUGGAGAUAGCUCUGGCCGGCUCCUCUCUCUGCUGGGCAGCCAUUUUGAUGUGGUGCUACAGUCCUGUCGUACCGGCCUCAGGGUCCCAGAGACCGACCUGUUCACCUCCGCUCUCACACAGCUGGGAGUAACUCCUAAACAGGUUCACACACACUGGGACAAAUGCACACACACACACACACACACACACACACACACACAGACACACACACACACACACAAUCUGACUUGUCAUCACUUGUCACUUGUCAUACAAGGUGAUGCAAGAAUUUCCAUGGAAGGAACAUGAGGUAGAGGUGACCUGUCUGUCUAUAAAGGCUGUUCUGCAGAUCAUAGCACAUAUUAUAACUUUAUUAAAGAGUCAAAUUAAAUGUGUGCACAUACAUUAUCUUAUUAUCUUUGAUCAUGUUAGCAACAACAACUGAUAUCAAUGUCUUGGAGUCACUGCUUGGAGCUUCCAUGGAAAACAUGAAAUCAUCGAAGUUGUAGAUGCUGUUACAUUCCUAAAACCACCCACACCCAUCCCUUCACAAAGCUCUGUCUGCACACGGCCCUAGAAACCAAAUCUGACCUUCCUGUGUAGAGUCGCUCUCAGCUAUUGUCUCUGACAAUGACAUUGCUCAUCCAUAUAUUUAUAUAUUCUUAUUCCAUUCCUUUACUUAGAUUUGUGUGUAUUAGGUAUUUGUUGUGGAACUGUUAGCUAUUACUUGCUAGAUGUUGCUGCGCUGUCGGAACUAGAAGCACAAACAUUUCGCUACACUCGCAAUAACAUCUGCUAACCAUGUGUAUGUGACCAAUACAUUUGAUUUUAAUUAACAACAGAAAGUUAUGUGUCGUAGUUCAGACUUCUUUGGUAGUUCUUAGAAACAUUAUCUUCCUCCUCCUCUCUCUCCCUUCCCUCUGAUGCUCUGUUCUCUGUUCUCUAUUUCUAUUUCUAUUCUCUAUUCUCUAUUCUCUCUUCUCUCUUUCUCUCUCUCUGUCUCUCUGUCUCUGUCUCUGUCUCUCUCUCUCUCUUCUCUCUUCUCUCUUUUCUCUUCUCUCUCUCUCUCUAUUCUCUCUUCUCUCUUCUCUAUUCUCUCUUCUCUCUUCUCUCUUCUCUCUCCUCUCCUCUCCUCUCCUCUCCUCUCCUCUCCUCUCCUCUCCUCUCCUCUCCUCUCCUCUCCUCUCCUCUCCUCUCCUCUCCUCUCCUCUCCUCUCCUCUCCUCUCCUAUUUUCUCUCUUGUUGUAAGUGGACAACUGACCUGUCAGUCUAUACUUCAGGCUCUGUGGUUGGCUGAUGAUGAGGAGGGGGUGGGAGCAGCAGAGGCAGUAGGUAUGACAGCUGUUCUGGUGAAGAACCUGCCUGAAGCUCUGAAACAAGUAGAGACCUUCACUGGAGUACAGGUAACACACACACACCCACACACCAACAUGUUGGAGCUUCUAUUGUCCGUGACAAUGUCUGUGAGUAGGUGACAAUUAUUUUGCAGUAAUCAGCUGCCAAAUUUGUUGUCACCGACUCGCCGAUACAAUCGCUAGCUGCAGUAUUCCAAUCUCCUGUUUUGAUUUAGUAUGUGUGUGUUCCAGGUGGUAACAGGGGAAAGCUACCCAGCCUCUUGCAACCCAGAAGAAGUUUCUCAUGGAUAUGUCACCAUCAAGGUGACAACCCCCCACCCCCACACACACACACAGUGCAGACAAUGCUGUAUGUAGAAGAAAGUGUGUACAUGAUGACACAGUGGUUUUGAAGCUUAUUCAACCAUGUUCAACCCUCUCUCUCUCUCUGUGUCUCUCUCUGUCUCUCUCUCUCUCUCUCUCUCUCUCUCUCUCUCUCUCUCUCUCUCUCUCUCUCUCUCUCUCUCUCUCUCUCUCUCUCUGUCUCUCUGUCUCUCUCUGUGUAAUCUGAGGGAAGUAUGUGUCUCUAAUAUGGUCAUACAUUUGACAGGAAGUUAGGAAAUGCAGCUCAGUUUCCACCUCAUUUUGUGUGCAGUGUGCACAUAGCCUGUCUGCCUUCGGCUGCCUUUCUCAAUAGCAAGGCUAUGCUCACUGAGUCUGUACAUAGUCAAAGAUUUCCUUAAGUUUGGGUCAAUCACAGUAGUCAGGUAUUCUGCCACUGUGUACUCUCUGUUUAGGGCCAAAUAGCAUUCUAGUUUGCUCUGUUUUUGUAAAUUCUCUCUCUCUCCUCUCCUCUCCUCUCCUCUCCUCUCCGUCUCCGUCUCCGUCUCCGUCUCUAGCCCGGUGUAAAGCUGCACUUUGUGGAGAUGGGGGCGGGGCCUCCAGUCAUGCUGUGUCAUGGCUUCCCUGAGAGCUGGUAUUCCUGGAGAUAUCAGGUAAACACACACAUACUACUCACACACACUCCCUCUCUCUCUCUCUCUCUCUCUCUCUCUCUCUCUCUCUCUGUCUCUCUCUCUCUCUCUCAAUUUCAAUUUAAGGGGCUUUAUUGGCAUGGGAAACAUAUGUUUACGUUGCCAAAGCAAAUUAAAUAGAUCAUAAACAAAAGGGAAAUAGACAAGGGAAACAUUAGUAAACAUUACAGAAAGUUUUAACAGAAUAAAGACAUUUAAAAUGUUAAAUUAUUUCAUAAUAUGUAGCAAUGUACAAAUAGUUAAAGUACAAAAGGGAAAAUAAACAUAAAUAUGGGUUGUAUUUACAAUGGUGUUUGUUCUUCACUGGUUGCCCUUUUCUUGUGGCAACAGGUCACAAAUCUAGCUGCUGUGAUGGCACACUGGUAUUUCACCCAAAAUAUAUGGGAGUUUAACAAAAUUGGAUUUGUUUUCGAAUUCUUUGUGGGUCUGUGUAAUCUGAGGGAAAUAUGUGUCUCUAAUAUGGUCAUACAUUUGGCAGGAGGUUAGGAGGUGCAGCUCAGUUUCUACCUCAUUUUGUGGACAAUGUGCACAUAGCCUGUCUUCUCUUGAGAGCCAGGUCUGCCUACGGCGGCCUUUCUCAAUAGCAAGGCUAUGCUCACUGAGUCUGUACAAAGUCAAAGAUUUAUUGAAUUUUGGGUCAGUCACAGUGGUCAGGUAUUCUGCCACUGUGUACUCUCUGUUUAGGGCCAAAUAGCAUUCUAGUUUGCUCUGUUGUUUUUGUUUUCUCAUGAUUUGGUUGGGUCUAAUUGUGUUGCUGUCCUGGGGUUAUGUGGGGUCUGUUUGUCUCUCUAUAUCUCUGUCUGUCAGAUCCCAGCUCUAGCUGAUGCAGGGUUUAGAGUGUUAUCUCUGGACAUGAAGGGCUAUGGAGAGUCUACGGCUCCACCAGGUUAG